AUGCUCUUCUCCCACGGCCUCGGUGGUUCGCGGGGAGCCUACGGAGCAUACUGUGCCGGACUGGCGAGUCACGGCGUCGUCGUCGCGGCCAUCGAGCAUAGGGAUGGAUCGGCUGCUGUGUCGUAUGUCUCUACAUCGGAUGGGAAGGGGGAAGAGGUGCCGUAUGUCAGGGUGUUUGACCAGAAGGUUAAGGAGAAGCAGGUGCAUGUGCGGACGUAUGAGUUUCGGGAGGCCUUGAGGGUGCUGAGAGCGUUGAACGCGGGGCAUCCAGUCGAGGUUGCAAACUCCCGCUGGCAUGCCAAGAACUUCAACUAUGAGAGUUGGAAGGGCGUGAUGAACGUCAAGAAGGGACAAAUCAUUGCCGCCGGACAUUCAUUCGGCGGCGCAACCGCCCUCUCCGCCUGCAAAGAUAUCGCCGAAUUUCACCUCUCUCCCGCUCCCAACUCCUCCACUCCCGACAACUACCCCUUCAGCGAGGAAUUCGCCGCAACGAUCCUCCUCGACCCCUGGAUGUCCCCAACAACUACAAACUCCCACAUCCCCCUCCCAACACCAACCCUCACUGUCCUCUCCGGCCAGUUCUACAAAUGGUCACAGAACCUCACCGCCGUCAAGGAAUUGCACAGAGGGAGGCAGGAAAGUAAGUGUUGGGUCGCCACUAGGUCAGCGCAUCUCUCACAAUCAGAUUUUGGUGCGUUAUUUCCGUGGGGAACCAAGAAAUUUGCUAAGGCAGAGGAAAACCCCGUGAAGGUGUUAGAGUGGAAUAUCGAGGCGACGAGGGCGUUCUUAAGGGACGUUGGGGUUGAUGGGAUAGGCGAGGGGAAGGAUGUAGAUGAGGCGAUUUGGAGGGGUGAGGAAGGGUGGGAGGGAGUUAGGUGUGAAGAGAGGGGGCGGGGACUACACGUUGAAGGGGACUUUGGGAGUGAGUUUUGA